AUGAAAAUCAGGCAGUCAACUGGGUCGCAGUUGGACCGGUUCGAUCUAAAUUCAUUAGGGCUGAAAACCAAAAGCUUGAGAAUUUUAGUGACAGGUGGCGCCGGUUUCGUGGGCAGCCAUUUGGUCGACCGUUUAAUAGCUCGUGGAGACAGUGUAAUUGUGGUCGAUAAUUUCUUCACGGGGCGUAAAGGAAAUCUAUUACACCAUUAUCGAAACCCUAACUUCGAGCUAAUUCGGCACGAUGUAGUGGAGCCGAUUUUGCUAGAAGUCGAUCAAAUCUACCACUUGGCUUGCCCUGCUUCCCCUGUACAUUACAAGUACAACCCCGUCAAGACAAUUAAGACAAAUGUGAUGGGAACAUUGAAUAUGUUGGGAUUGGCUAAGAGGGUCGGUGCACGUUUUCUUCUAACGAGCACUAGUGAAGUGUACGGCGAUCCGUUGCAACAUCCGCAAGUCGAGACUUAUUGGGGCAAUGUUAAUCCUAUCGGGGUUCGAAGUUGCUACGACGAGGGAAAACGUACAGCCGAGACGUUGACUAUGGAUUAUCACAGAGGACUUAAUCUCGAGGUAAGAAUUGCUAGAAUUUUCAACACGUACGGCCCGCGUAUGUGUAUCGAUGAUGGCCGUGUCGUGAGCAAUUUCGUCGCUCAGGCCUUAAGAAAAGAGCCGUUGACUGUUUACGGAGAUGGAAAGCAAACUCGAAGCUUUCAAUACGUUUCCGAUUUGGUUGAAGGUUUGAUGAGAUUGAUGGAAGGCGAUCACGUGGGCCCGUUCAAUCUCGGUAACCCCGGUGAAUUCACCAUGCUCGAACUUGCUAAGGUAGUACAAGACACAAUAGAUCCAAAUGCAAAGAUAGAAUUCAGACCAAAUACAGAAGAUGAUCCACAUAAAAGAAAGCCUGAUAUUUCAAAGGCUAAGGAACUACUAGGGUGGGCCCCGACGGUUUCCCUAAGUGAUGGACUUCCUCGUAUGGUCGACGAUUUCAGACAACGAAUAUUCGGCGACGAAAACGAUCAAACGGGCACCUCCAGUGCGUGAAAACUUUCAAUUUCCCGAGUCGAAAGAAAUUAAAAAGGAUAAAAUAUU